AACUUCUGGAGUCUUCUUCAUUCAUUGAUAUCAUACCUAUAACUUAGCUUCUUCACUCGUUCUUCUUCUGCUAUAUAUUCUUAACAGUGACUAGUUUCUUCUCAGCUCAAUGGAUCUGCAGCAACAAGUAUCAAGAGGGUUUCCAAUUCCAACUACAACUGCGACUACGACGUCGUUUCAUGAAGUCUCCUGCAAGCCAAAUGCAAAUGCAUCAUCUUCUUCAUCUUCAUCUUCAUCUUCGUCAUGGUCAUGCAGCACAGUCAGCAGAGGCCAUUGGAGGCCUCGCGAGGACGCCAUUCUCAAAGACCUCGUCGCCACUUUCGGACCCCACAACUGGAACCUCAUCGCCCACAAAAUGCAAAUGGACGCCUACGCCUGCAGAUCAGGAAAAAGCUGCAGGCUGAGAUGGUUCAACCAGCUGGAUCCUCGUAUAAAUCGACGGCCGUUCACCGACGACGAGGAGGAACGCCUGCUGGCGGCGCAGUCAUUGUACGGCAACAAAUGGGCCAUGAUCGCCCGCCUCUUCCCCGGCAGAACAGAUAACGCCGUCAAGAAUCACUGGCACGUCAUCAUCGCCCGAAAUCGAAGACACCGCCGCCGCCACUCUAAUAAUAAUAAUAAUAAUAAUAAUAAUAGUAAUAAUAAUGGAAGCUCGGCCUGCUGUUUGUUUUCCGAUCACGACCGAUUAUCUACUCAUCAGUCGACUGGCACUGAUCUCUGCCUCUCCAGUUUCGGACAGCCUCCACUAGUGGGUGGAUCUGCAGGGGGGCAUUCGGAUCGAUCAAACUCAUCAGAUUUGGAUUCAUCAGAUUCCUCAGUGCCCGAGCUGUUGUAUGUCUGUGGCAAAUACAGCAAGGAUUUCAUCGAUUUUCUUGGAGUGGGACCCACUUGAUUGAUCCAAUUAAUAAUUUAAUUCAUAUAUAUAUAUAUAUAUAUAUAUAUGGGUGGAUUUUGGACCUACGAGUUCGAAAAAAUUGCUAAUUUGAAAUUUUGGGAAUUAAUUGAAAUGUAAGUGUAAGAAGGUCUUAUAAAUAUUGAAUGCCAACAAGAGCCGUUAGCAAUUAUUAAUGUUUCUCGUCCCGUAAAGAUGGCCGGCACGGUGAGGUGGGGGUUGAAUGUGUGACUGUGAGGUCAUGGGUUCUUCUAGCGUGACUUGCUUGUCUGACCUAGUUUGUAGGUAUUAGGUUCGAUGAGAGAUUUACCCACUGCGCAUUUUCAGAUUGCUACUGUAGGUUUCGACGUCGUAAAAAAAUAUAUUAUUAAUAUUUCUCUAUUAUUAUUAUUGUUGUGUUUUGUAAGAUUUUUAUUUUUAUUUUUAUUUUUAGUACGAAAAAUUGAAG